GUCGGCUUCCGGAAGCUCUUCUCAAAAUGCUGAAGUGCUCUGUGCAAGUCGCUGCUGCCGUAGCGAUUGGAGUCUCUUCUCGGGCCUGAGCCUCGAGGCCGGGCUCCUGGGUGUCGUUAAUGUUCGGGGCCACCGGGCGCCAAGCGAUCGGAGCUCCAGCCGCCGGGAACAGCUGGCAUUUCAGCAGAACCAUGGAAGAACUGGUUCAUGAUCUUGUCUCAGCAUUGGAGGAGAGCUCAGAGCAAGCACGAGGUGGAUUUGCUGAAACGGGAGAUCAUUCUCGAAGUAUAUCCUGCCCUCUGAAACGCCAGGCAAGGAAAAGGAGAGGAAGAAAGCGGAGAUCUUACAAUGUUCAUCACUCAUGGGAGACCGGUCACUGUUUAAGCGAGGGCUCUGACUCUAGUUUGGAAGAACCAAGCAAGGACUAUAGAGAGACUCACAAUAAUAAUAAAAAGGAUCAUAGUGACUCCGAUGACCAAAUGUUAGUGGCAAAGCGCAGGCCAUCAUCAAAUCUAAAUAAUAACGUUCGGGGCAAAAGACCUCUAUGGCAUGAGUCUGAUUUUGCUGUGGACAACCUGGGGAACAGAAGCCUGCGCAGGAGGAGAAAGGUGAAACGCAUGGCGGUAGAUCUCCCGCAGGACGUCUCCAACAAGCGGACAAUGACCCAGCCCCCCGAAGGUUGCCGGGAUCAGGACAUGGACAACGACAGAGCUUACCAGUACCAAGAAUUCACCAAGAGCAAAGUCAAGAAAAGGAAGUUGAAAAUUAUUAGACAAGGACCAAAAAUCCAAGACGAAGGAGUGGUUUUAGAGAGUGAGGAAAGCAGCCAGACCAAUAAGGACAAAAUGGAGUAUGAAGAGCAAAAAGUCUCAGAUGAGCUCAUGAGUGAAAGUGACUCCAGCAGUCUCAGCAGCACUGAUGCUGGUUUAUUUACCAACGAUGAGGGAAGACAAGGUGAUGAUGAGCAGAGCGAUUGGUUCUAUGAGAAGGAAUCCGGCGGAGCAUGCGGCAUCACUGGAGUUGUGCCCUGGUGGGAAAAGGAGGAUCCUUCGGAACUAGACAAAAAUUUACCAGAUCCUGUCUUUGAAAGUAUUUUAACUGGCUCAUUCCCCCUUAUGUCGCAUUCAGGCAGAAGAGGUUUCCAGGCUAGACUCAGCCGCCUUCAUGGAAUGCCUUCAAAGAAUGUUAAAAAACCUGGAGGAACUCCAUCUUCAAUGGCUGCAAACUGGACCAGUGAGAUUCCCCUAUAAACCAAAUCUUCUAAUGCUAUUAAUUAGUUACAUUUGAACACCUGGGGAGUGACACUCGAGGGAACCUGGCUCCUGUCCUCUUCCCUGGAGGAGUAUCAUUGAAGUGAGAGCCUCUUUGAUGAAAAGAUGGGGCUGUUUUUGCUGGAGGACUGGCAUUCUUCCUGUUUAGUCAGACGUGAACCUGAGUUGGGAGGCUUCUAGGGAUCUAGGUCGGCCCAGGGUGGAUAGAAACUACUGUAAAUUUGAUCUAUUUUUAACUUUUUAUGGUUGAAUCCAUUUAUGUAUUACUUGCUUUGCCAAAAUGCUAACAAAAGCUAGAUAAUUGAAAACUACCAAACCUAAUUUACUUAUUCUUUAAUGUUUAUUUUGUGACUGGUUAAGCAUGACUUUUUGCGUACCUAAAUGUUGUAAAUUUCAAAGCAAAAUAGUUGAUGCAUUUGCAUUUAUGGUUCAUUUUCUAGAAUAUUCUUAAAUAAGCAGCAUUAUUUAAAAUAUUUGCAUUUUACUCAGGGUACAAUAAGGGCUAAGUAAAGGAUAAGGGCAAGAAUCUUUGCUAGAGUUUGUAUUUUGUUUGGUUUCCUUUCUAUGUGGAUAAUCUGCUGUGUAUUGCAAACCCAUUGUACUUUGAAGUAUAGUUUCAAUUGUACUGCAGAAAUCAUUCUAGUUCUAAAUUAGCUACAGUGAUAACUAGUCUGCACUAAUAGAAUUGUUUACCUUUUAAGUUAUCUACUUUGUCUGAUACAUAAGACAUAUCAAAAUUAUUUUACUGUAGAACUUCGUGAAAUCAUGUGAAAACUGGUAUUAUUGCAAAUUCCUUGUGACUUUGAAUUAUAUUCAUGUUUAAAAAUAGAGCUGCUUGUACAGCCGUCAAAUGGCAGACCAUAUGUGUCACUGUGAGUGUCAGAAAUACUUGCAUGAGCUCAUUUUCAUCGGGUUGGGGGAAAAUGUAACAUUUCUGUUGAUGGUCUAAUUCAGUAACUAUAUUUAAAGUUCAGGCCACUUGAAUUCUUAAAAAUGAUUAUAUUGAAAUCACUAAUAUUUUUAUUAAGUGCCAGUAAUUGAGAACAAUAAUGUGAUUUAAUAUGUGUAUUUUUAUAUUGUAUGGUUCAAUCAAUUGUCUUAGCAUUUAAUGGCUAAAUUAAAUGUGGUUGGAAAAGAAGUCUGAAAGUUGACAUUACCUUUGCCUGAAGUUAUAACAAUCAGAAAGAUUUUAACAUAUAUAUUAAGUGAAAAUGUUUGACGUAUCUAAAGAUUGCUUUUCUGAACUGAAGAAAUUAAAAAUGAUGAAAUACAAUGUUGAAUCUCUUUACCUUCGCAUAUUUAAAGUGAUAUUAAAGGUAUAAUAAUGUGAUAUUUCAUAAUUGUAAGUAAGUUUUUUUUGUUCUUCGUUUUGAGAGUGAAAUUCAUUGAUUUUUUUUGGAAUUACAUAAAUGCCUUUUAUUCUAUUUUGUAUAUUGGUUGUCUCUUAGAUCUUAAUAAGUCGUUUUAAAACCUUGGACUAUGAACUUUGCCUUACCAUUCAUGAAUCUUGAUGAAUGCUCUCAAGUUCUUGGUUUAGUUUUACCUAUUUUUAUUUUUGGUUCACUGCUUGCUUGAGCAUAACUGGGAUUUGUAGCCCAUUUUCUAAGCUUAUUGCAGUCUCACUGUGGUAUUUUAUAGAAGCUAUUACAACUGAUAGGCUAACUUCGUAGUAUUGAUGAUACAUGGCUUAACCAUACUGGAAGCUGCCUCUCCUCUCUAAAUUGUAAAAAGGUGAUUAAGUUUCACUUGAUGGAGAUAUACUAUAUAUGUGUGUUUAUCGUGAAACAAGUGCACCAGGCCGGAAACUGCUUUGCUGGUCUGCGUUUUUGUAUUCAGCAUUUUACUGAGGACAAUAGACUCCUUCAGGUUUUCGUCCUCUCAACCCUGACUUGUCCUUGCUUGACUUUGUACAUUUUUUUGUUUGUUUGUUUCUUUUUCCCAAUAAAAUCUCUGACUUGGGCAAGAAAGGUAAGAGUUUGAAUUUGCGAUGAUACUGCUGUGCUGUUUCUGUUACUGUUGCUUAUAUGAUUCAAUUAUGUAUAGCUGCUAAGUAUAAAAAAGUUUAAUUUCACACAACAGUCAUCUUUAAAGAAUACCUAUCUGACCUGUGCUGAUGAAUGGCAUUUAAUUACCUUCUAUUUUCAUAUUAGAAAGCUGAUUGCUUUUAACAACUGGUCAAAUACAUGUAGCUGCAACCCAUUAAACAGAAUGCAGUGAAGAGUUUCUGAAGCAGAUGAAUGUUGACAGCCAAGGUAUAACACUGUGCUGUCUUUGAAAGAAAUGACAGAAGAAAACAUCUUUUACUAAAUUAUCCAUGUAAACAUUUUAAGAGAAGUUUCCAGUUGGAUUACAGGAGAUUUUAGCUCAGUAUGGUUUUUUUUAUGAAACCUCUGCAAAUACCGAAAUAAGUUUCCUUUGAGUCCCUGAGGACAUUAUUUUCUAUCAACUAGUAAGUAUAGAACCUUGUUCUGUGUAUGUUUGUGUCUAAAGACAUUUAGCAUGUUUUUGAUUCAUUGACGUUGAACACUUGCCCAACAGUUCUCUAACUCAGGCCUAAACCAAGUUUGUCAAGCACGUUAUUUCUCUCCCAGCUAUAUCCCCACCUUCUUGUUUCUUGGAAACACUAGACAGCAUUUUGCUAUGUAAUAUUUGAGGGACCCUUUAACAAAAAGUUAAAAAAUGCAAAGAACUUUUCAGUAAAAAGACUGUAAAAGGAAUAUUGUUUAUAAUAUGGUAGCUGAAACUAGAAAGCAAAACACUUUGUUGAUCUCAGCUGGAAGUGCGUUUGUGCGUCAGGCCACCAACAUUUUUUGGUGCUUUGCAUGUAUCUGUAAAUUACAUUUUUCAGUGCUUUGCAUUCAUUUGUCUAUGAAUGUUGAUUUGGCGAUUACACAUAAAUUUUAGCCAGUAGACCAAUAUGCUAAUAUGGUAUCCACAAAUAGGAAUUAAGAUCAAUUGCAUUUUUUUAAUAGAAAUAACAGUGAUAAUGUAGGAAAUUUACAGAUUUUGAAGUCAGACCUUUGUGAGUCCACAAAGGUUUUUCUUAUUACUUGGAAUUGCUUCUUGAACCUCACUUUCUCCUUUUGUUAAAUAUGGGCAGAGCUUUGUGUAAGUGUUGCCAGACCUAAACAAGACUGAAUGUAGUGAAACUGUCUCUGGUGUACAGUAUAUAUUAUGCAAAUGAUAGUUAUUAGGUAUAAAGUCAGACAGCUGAUUAUGAAGAGAGCAUUUUUAUCAUGGUCAAACCGCAGCAUUUGAUACUUUUAAACUUUUCUGUUCAUAUUUUAUAUAUGAUUUCUUCUGUAUUUAAUAUUUAAAGUGUAUUGCAGGCUUUUAUGUUUCUUUUAUAUCUCAUUUAUAUUCAAGCUGGCUCUUAUCCCUCACUCUGUGAACAAUAGUUGGGAAUGAAUUUUACUUUGACAACCACUGCACUAAAUCUCAGAACUUAAUUUUACUCUGUAAAAUUGCUCUAAACUAAACUCAUCAGGUAACCUCUCCCUCGAUUUCCCAAUCAUCAAGCUACUCAUUUAUGGCAAGACCUAGAAUCUUUUUAAGACAUUGGGGUUUAUAUUGCUCUGAUAUUUAGAAGUAGUUGUGUUCAUUUAUGUGUGGGUGAAUAUGGAGACCUGAGUAGCUAAUGGAGAUAGGAAUCAUUGCUGCCAUCUUUAUUGGAGUCCAUCCAGCCACCUUGUCCUGUUCCUCUCUUACAAGAAUGAAGCAGAUGAUAAUUACAACCAGGGCCAUUUUCCAGAAGAUUUAACUUAAAUCCCUUACCGUUCCAGGGUUUCUGUAUUCUGUACAACGCAGAAUAAUUGUCAUUACAAUAAAAAUGGCAGAAUCGGCUUUGAGAUCUGGUACUUAACAAAUGACUGCAAGUAAUUUUACUCUAGCAAAGCAUUGCAGGUUAGCUAGCAUUCCCUCUUCCUAAGCAUUUCUAAUUAAUCAAUAUUUUCUGUAGGUAAGACUUCCUUUUUCUUUUUUUUUUUUAACUCAUGAUCUUUCAGCAGGAGCUACAUUUAUCCACUGAGUUAGCAUUCAGAUUAUGAAUUCUAUUGAAAAGCAACAGCAGUAAAUGAAUUGGCUUGGAAUUCAGUAUUUGAAAGUCAGCUUAAGUAUUAUAUAAGGAACUGCGUGUUAAAACUUCA